ACUGCUCUUGUAAUACGAGACGGUAAAAAGAUUGAAAUCGAAGCACAAUAUCUAGUAGUAGGCGAUAUAACUGAAGUGAAAUUUGGCGAUCGUGUUCCAGCAGAUAUACGCAUUAUUACAGCUAGUUCAUUCAAGGUGGAUAAUUCUGCAUUGACUGGUGAAUCUGAACCGCAGUCACGUACACCAGAGUUUACAAAUGAUAAUCCCUUGGAAACGAAAAAUUUGGCUUUCUUCUCAACAAAUGCUGUAGAUGGCACAUGUCGUGGAAUUGUUAUCUCUACAGGCGAUCGAACUGUAAUGGGUCGUAUUGCGAACUUAGCCUCUGGUUUAGAGCUUGGCGAAACUCCGAUACACAAGGAAAUCAGUCAUUUUAUUCAUAUAAUCACAGCAGUUGCGGUGUUUCUUGGUGUUUCAUUUUUCAUUAUUGCUUUCAUUUUGGGCUAUCAUUGGCUUGAAGCUGUCAUCUUUUUGAUUGGAAUUAUUGUCGCAAAUGUCCCUGAAGGUCUUUUGGCUACCGUUACGGUUUGCUUAACACUGACUGCUAAACGUAUGGCUAGUAAAAAUUGUCUGGUAAAGAAUUUGGAAGCAGUUGAAACUCUUGGUUCAACAAGUACUAUCUGUUCUGAUAAAACUGGUACACUGACACAGAAUCGUAUGACUGUAUCACAUAUGUGGUUUGAUAACAAAAUAUUCGAUGCUGACACAACAGAAGAUCAGUCAGGUACAAGUUUUGAUAAGUCUUCUCCAACAUGGACAGCUUUAUCUUGUAUUGCUAUGCUAUGCAGCCGAGCGGAAUUCAAAGCAGGGGAAGAAGAGAAGCCUGUUUUGAAGAGAGAGUGUAACGGUGAUGCUUCAGAAUCUGCAAUACUCAAGUGUACUGAACUUUGUAUUGGCAAUGUCAGUGAUUAUAGAAGUAGAAAUCCUAAAAUUUUGGAAAUUCCAUUUAACUCAACAAAUAAAUAUCAGUUAUCCAUUCAUGAAACUGAUGAUGACGAUGAUCGUUUGUUGUUAGUAAUGAAAGGUGCACCUGAACGUAUUCUUGAUCGAUGUGCAACAAUUCUUAUCAAUGGUAAAGAAGAAGUUAUGGAUGAUACAAAACGUGAACAGUUCAACACAGCCUAUUUAGAAUUAGGUGGAAUGGGUGAAAGAGUACUUGGAUUCUGUGAUUAUCGUUUACCAGCUGAAACUUAUAAUAAGGACUAUGAUUUCAACGUUGAUGAACUAAACUUCCCAACCACUGGACUACGUUUUGUUGGCCUAAUGUCUAUGAUUGAUCCACCUAGAGCAGCUGUACCAGAUGCAGUUGCUAAAUGUCGAUCAGCUGGUAUCAAAGUUAUCAUGGUAACUGGUGAUCAUCCAAUAACGGCAAAAGCUAUUGCUAAAGGUGUUGGAAUCAUUUCAGAGAAUUCAAAAACUGUAGAAGAUAUUGCAGCUGAAAAAGGUGUUGAAGUUCAUGAGGUUAAUCCACGUGAAGCAAAUGCCUGUGUUAUUCAUGGAUCAGAUUUACGUGAAAUGACACCAGCACAGAUUGAUGAUAUAUUAAAAAAUCAUUCAGAAAUUGUAUUUGCUCGUACUAGUCCCCAACAGAAAUUGAUUAUAGUUGAAGGAUGUCAACGACAAGGUGCAAUUGUUGCUGUGACAGGCGAUGGUGUAAAUGAUAGUCCAGCACUUAAACAAGCAGAUAUUGGUGUUGCCAUGGGUAUAGCUGGUAGCGAUGUAAGCAAACAAGCUGCAGAUAUGAUUCUAUUGGAUGACAAUUUCGCCUCUAUUGUGACUGGUGUUGAAGAAGGUCGUCUUAUUUUUGAUAAUUUGAAAAAAUCAAUUGCAUAUACACUGACAUCGAAUAUCCCGGAAAUCACACCAUUUUUAAUAUAUAUUAUCGUUGGUAUUCCGCUACCAUUAGGUACUAUUACAAUUCUAUGCAUUGAUCUUGGUACCGAUAUGAUUCCAGCUAUCUCUUUAGCCUAUGAAGAGGCUGAAUCAGAUAUUAUGAAACGUAUGCCCCGUGAUCCCCUACACGAUCGGUUGGUUAAUGAACGUUUAAUUGCUAUGGCAUAUGGUCAAAUUGGUAUGAUUCAAGCACUUGGAGGAUUCUUUGUUUAUUUUGUAAUUAUGGCUGAAAAUGGAUUUUGGCCAAAAAGAUUAUUAGGUAUCAGAAAAGAGUGGGAUUCAAAAGCUAUCAAUGCAUUGGCUGAUUCAUAUGGACAAGAAUGGACUUACAGUCAACGUAAACGCUUGGAGUACACUUGCCAUACAGCAUUUUUUGCUGCUAUUGUAAUUGUUCAAUGGGCUGAUUUAAUCAUUUGUAAGACACGUCGAAAUUCAGUCUUUCAACAAGGAAUGUGGAAUCAAUACUUGAAUUUCGCCUUAUAUUUUGAAACAGCACUAGCUUUAUUCCUUUCUUAUUGUCCAGGUUUAGAUCAAGCCUUACGUAUGAUGCCUUUAAGGUUUACGUGGUGGCUUCCAGCUUUACCGUUUUCCAUAUUGAUUUUUGUGUAUGAUGAAACAAGAAGAUAUCUAAUUCGAAAAUUACCUCCAGGUUCAUGGAUAGAAAGAGAAACCUACUAUUAAAAUACAUCAUAGACUAAUAUUAUGAAUGCCCUGUCUGUUGCGUGUGUUUGUAUGUGCAUAAUAAUCAUAAUUGAGAAGAAUACCAGCACAUUCAUGCUCAGACACACACACACAUGUCGAUCAUUCCCCAUGAAAUUACAUCGAAGAUUAUAAAAUCGAGUUUUCACCUCGUUUUUUCUUUCCGGUACUUACUUUCUUUAAUCUUAUUUUUUCAGGUUAUUUAUAAACUAUUUAUUGAAUAAUACAUUUUUUUCGAUUGUCAAACGUAAAGCGUAUUAUAAUCUAUAUAUCUGAAUGAAUGUGUAAAUACAUCCAUCCACGUGAAUAUGGAUUUAAGCGCCAGUCAAUUAACAUUUUCCAGCCAUAUACAACACAUAUGCAAUAAUACACAGUUGACUUCUUAUAUAACUUAUUUGUGAUUUCAAUUUUUGUUUAUGCUCUGUUUAAUUUAUUAGAGGGAUAGAUAAGUAAAAAAGAGAAAAACAACAACAACAAAUAUAUAUGCUUGAGAGUGUGGUUCUUCAUAAAUUCCUUUACUUUCUUUUUUACCAUUGUUGGCAUAGUAACUGAAAAAAAUCAUCAUGAAUCUAAACAACUUUAAAGGAUUAUAAGUUUCCAGACCGUAGAUGUUACGAACUUCCUGGAAUAAUUUCAGCGCCGAGUCAGAUUGAUUCAUUAUAAAUUAUU